AUGGCGUGCGGCCGCUUCUGGACCUGGCAGGUCCUCCUCACCAUCUCCGUGCUUUUAAUCCCCGCCGCUGCGCACGGGAGGCAUUCAAUGACUAGACGUCACCAUCACCGCAACCAGUCAUCCAUCAGCCGAGAAACCUCCAAUACCGGAAUGGGCCUAAGCGAAGACUCGGCAGAGCGAGACCACCUGAUUGAAGCGGGGCGUCCCAUUUUUUCCAAACAUCACCGCUCCCAUAAACACAUUCAUCCAGAUCCAGAUCCCGUGGGCGAGGAGCUCACCGCAGGAGGAGCGGGACCGGAUCAAAACCCAUUGUCUGACGACAUAAUCGCCGUGGAGUUCCACAGUCCGGCACCGGAGAUCCUACCGGCUGAUGAUCUACCGAAACCGCAGAAACAAAAAGGAGGCGAUCCCACAGCUUGGACGCUGUCGGAUUUUUACGACUACCUGUCCCCCGAUGACGACCUCUCGGCGUCUGCACCCACCCAAGAGCCGGAACCGUCCCCUUCGCCCCCGGCUGACAUGGAAGACGAGAACCCGCUUUUGGCCAGCGCUCCCGUUCGUCCUGUCAACGCCCAACCCCCAGGAGAGAAUAAACCCGUCUCACCUUCGCUAGACAACGAUGAGAACUUGAGCUUGGGAGGCGCCAUGGGAAGCGACGGGUGCAGGCUGGGUUUCGUGCGCUCGGGACCCGGCAUUUGCGUCUCUCAGUGCGACGUUGAACCCAAUUUCUGCUUCAAUGAAGGUGUUUGCACUGUUGUGGCUGGAGUAGGAGCUUUCUGCAGAUGCAACGUGCAAGACUACAUCUGGAACAAAGGCACGCGCUGUGACUGGGCCGUCACCGAAUUCCAGGUGAUGAGCGCGCUAGUGGGCGUGGCCUCGGUGUCGCUCCUCCUCAUCUUUAUGAUCGUGGUAUUCUUCGCGAAAAGACUGCACCGACUCAAGAAAGAAAACAAGCGGCUUCGCAAGCGCAGUAAGUACCGUCCGCAGAGCACCGAACCUCAAACGGACGGUCUUUCGGUGUCCACCACCGCCGACGGCUCUCAGCCAAACGUAAGGAAACUCUGCGAUUCUCCUCCGCCCGUGCCCCAAGCUCAUACUCACAACCUGGCGUACUAUGACAACAUUAUCUGUCAGGACGACCCCCAGAAGCAGGAGGACCCCGCCAAGUCCCCCGCAGGCAAAGAAGAGGGCGCCAUGAACAUCCUCAACUCUCAUUCCCCUAAACACGAGAACAACCGCCCUAACUCGGUGGUCCGCGACAGCGCCGACGACAACACCGAGGACGGCGUGACAAUCGGUCUGGAGGUGCUCCUCCCCAAAGACGCCAAGCUACGUCCCGAGAAGAGCCCCCCUGUCCAGUACGACGUCUUCCUCUACAAAGUGACCAACAACGGCGAGCCGCCCGCUUCCAACUCUCACCAACACGCCUCAAAAUCCCCCAAAAAUACAAAAUCCCCUAAACGCAACAAGGAUCACCGCCACCGCCACUCCUCCCCGUUCCUGCACCCCUCACCCGGCGGAUACCCCACACCCAGUCGGCACUCGGCGCCCGGGGGGUGCUCGGCCCCCGUGCGCCACCCGAGUGCCCACCCCUGUCCUCGAUCUCGCCCUUCCAGUUCUUUCUACUCCGGCUCUGAACGAGACGAAUCACGGAUUCGUCCGUCUCCUUCAUCUCCUCAUCUCACUCAAUCCUCGCCAUCAAGAAGCAAGUGCAGCCCGGUCAGCACCCGGUCCUUACCGCCACUUUCAUGA